GCGGCGGCUGCCGGAGGUGGACUCGGCCACCGCGACCAUGCUGCUGCGAUCCGCUUGGAGGCGGGCGGGCCUGGCGGGGAACACUGCUAAGGGAGCCAGGCCUGCCGGGCCCUUUCGCGAGCUGCGCCUGCGCGUUCCUGACCAGGCUCCUCAGUCGCAUGUUCCCUCAGAGACAGCACCUGCUACGCGCGCUGAGGCGGCGCUACGGCCUCUCUACAUGGAUGUUCAGGCUACAACUCCACUGGACCCCCGAGUGCUGGAUGCCAUGCUUCCUUAUCUGGUCAACUAUUAUGGGAAUCCCCACUCGCGGACACACGCUUACGGCUGGGAGAGCGAGGCAGCCAUGGAACGAGCUCGCCAGCAAGUAGCAUCGCUCAUUGGGGCUGACCCUCGGGAGAUCAUUUUCACUAGUGGCGCUACUGAAUCCAACAACAUAGCCAUCAAGGGAGUGGCCCGAUUCUACAGGUCACGGAAAAAGCACUUGAUCACCACCCAAACGGAGCACAAGUGUGUCUUGGACUCGUGCCGUUCCCUUGAAGCCGAGGGCUUUAAGGUCACCUACCUCCCUGUGCAGAAGAGUGGGAUCAUCGACCUGCAGGAAUUGGAGGCCGCCAUCCAGCCAGAUACCAGCCUGGUCUCAGUCAUGACUGUCAACAAUGAGAUUGGAGUGAAGCAGCCUAUUGCAGAGAUAGGGAGGAUUUGCAGCUCCAGAAAGGUGUAUUUCCAUACCGAUGCAGCCCAGGCAGUUGGAAAAAUUCCACUUGAUGUCAGUGACAUGAAAAUCGAUCUCAUGAGCAUCAGCGGUCACAAAAUCUAUGGUCCCAAAGGGGUUGGUGCCAUCUACAUCCGCCGCCGGCCCCGCGUACGUGUGGAGGCCCUGCAAAGUGGAGGAGGACAGGAGCGUGGUAUGAGGUCCGGGACAGUGCCCACACCACUGGUGGUGGGGCUUGGGGCUGCGUGUGAAGUGGCACAGCAAGAGAUGGAGUACGACCAUCAGCACAUCUCCAAGUUAGCAGAACGGCUGACGCAGAAGAUAAUGAAGAGCCUUCCUGAUGUGGUGAUGAACGGAGACCCUGAGCACCAUUAUCCCGGCUGCAUCAACCUUUCUUUUGCAUAUGUGGAAGGGGAGAGUCUGCUUAUGGCACUUAAAGACGUUGCCUUAUCCUCAGGCAGUGCCUGCACCUCUGCAUCCCUGGAGCCUUCUUACGUCCUCAGAGCGAUUGGCACUGAUGAGGACUUGGCACACUCUUCCAUCAGGUUUGGCAUUGGCCGCUUCACCACAGAGGAGGAAGUGGACUUCACAGCGGAGAAGUGCAUUCAUCAUGUAAAACGACUUCGAGAAAUGAGCCCUCUGUGGGAGAUGGUGCAGGAUGGCAUCGACCUCAAGAGCAUCAAGUGGACCCAACACUAGAAGAUUGGAUCUGAAUUUGUACUGGCCUGCCCCUCCUGUUUCACCCAUGUACAGCCAGGCACCUUGUGCAUCCAGUCAGUGUGCCAUGGUGAUGACAACAUUGAUAUACUGAUGUCAGCAUCUCUUUCACCUCCAUGACAGAAACACAAGGAAAGUUAAUGCAGCAUUAGCUCUCCAAUUGUCUUCAGGAGUUCUGUGGUCAUAGACUGUGUGGAUGUUCUUCUCCUGAGGCAGUGCAGACAUUUGCUAUGAUAUUGCUGCUGGACAGUCCAGGUGGGGAAUGCCAGGGUACCAGAGUUGGGUGUUUGUUUAGGGACCCUGAUGCUCUUUGGCAAGUGGUCUCUUUCUGCUGCUCAACUGGAUUGGCUCCUUCAACAGUAAGCUGAAUUGACUGCUUCAAUUUAAAAUUUUCCAUAGCUCCAAAGGAUAUAUGUUCAUAUUCACUGUAGACCAAACAGUGGAUUUGUGAGAUGGCAUCUCUUCCUUCUUUUCCCAUCUUCCUCAUUUUCUUUUGACCCAAUGGAACCAGAAAUCUUUAUGAUCCUACCCAAUCACUGAAAUAAUUUGUGUUUUUUCCUUAAUUUUGAAACUGGAGAAAUAAACUCCCUUUGUUGUA